CGUUCUUUGGUGGCCUCGGCACACCCUUCCCCAACCAUCCGGGGAUGUCUUCUCGGAGAAGCAGAGCAAUCGCCGCAUUGAGCGGGCUAGGUUUGGAGAUCAACAAUCCACGAGUUCGGUAACGGUGGAUGUUAAUGGGCACGCGGCAAAGAUUCCCCCCUUGCUAAACCGCACUUGAAGAGCGGUCCAGAUGCUUGGCUCUUGAAAGCACGCAAUCAUUGACGGUGGCUGGGACCACGAACGGACGGUGUCCCGCUGUAGAUGGAGUAAGCUUACCACGUGCGACUCGGCAACGGUACUUUGGGCGCCCUGGACGGAACCCGGGCUUGAAAGUACCUUGUACCACUGUAGGCAUCAAUAGGAUGAAAAGUAUGCCAAGGUCGCCCCCGAAACCACUCGACUUGUAUCAAUCUGCCGGACGAGGAGUCAAAAUGACAUUCGAGCGCCUUAUCCGAUUUGUGGACGACCAAGGCCAGACACGCUAUGGCGAUGUCCCGCAAAGCGUCGACAUCGACCAUAUCGUCGGCCAGAAGGUGAAAGUACUUGAAGGCAGUCCCAGCACAACAUUGUCCUCAACACAGGAGCAAGCUACCGUCAAAGAGCUUCUAUGCCCUCUCGAAUCCGUCCACAUCUUUCAAUGCAUCGGUCUGAAUUAUGCUCAGCAUGCAAAAGAGGCCAACAUUACUGUCCCGCCUCACCCGGUCGUCUUCACGAAACCACCCGACGCGCUCGCCGGACCCUACGAUGACGUGCACGUUCACAUGGAUGCGACGCCGAAGCUCGACUACGAAGGCGAGCUGACAGUCAUUAUGGGCAAGGAUGGCAAGAAUAUCAAAGAGGAAGACGCGCUGCAGUACGUGCUAGGAUACACCGUGGGAAACGAUGUUUCCGCACGGAAUUUCCAAGCCAGAGAGGUGUCAGGAGGACAGUUCGGAUACGCAAAGUCCUUUGAUCGCUUUGCACCAAUCGGACCUGCUAUCGUGUCCAGCAGCCUGAUCAAAGACCCGCAGAACCUCAAUUACACGACGAAAUUGAAUGGAGAACAACGCCAGAAGACAAAUACGAGCGAUAUGAUCUGGAAGGUGAAGCAAAUAAUUGCUCAUCUGAGCAGAGGCACCACUCUACGAAAGGGAACGGCGAUCAUGACUGGGACGCCAUCUGGCGUGGGGAACUUCAUGGAGCCCAAAGGCUUCAUACAUGAUGGUGACGUGGUGGAGAUUGAGGUUGAAGGAAUUGGUGCCAUCAGGAACAAAUUCGUGUUCGACAAAUAGUUAGCUAGAGUCAUCCAGGUCAGGUAGAGGCUACAUUGCCAUUGAUCAGCGAAGACGAGCAAGCUGCGGGCGCUCGAAUCUCAUUGUCGACUAGGGAAGCAUUAUAAUGCGUACAGAGUCAUUAUUUUCCAACAUGGGUGAAUACCUCGAACGGGCAGAUAGCUAUGAAGAAAG